AUGGCUAGUAUUUUGCUUCGUCAGAGCCUGACCCAAAACCUGCGGUAUUAUAGUGUACUUGUUGCAUACCACCGUGCGCCGGCGAUGAACGUUAUAUCUGUUGAUCAGGAGCGAUUUGACCUUGAUGGUGAUGAGGGCGCUGACAUCCCGGAUAUCCCUCUUCGCAGAAGGCCGAACCACAGUCGACGCCCCUCAGCCGAUCUCGGCUUGAAGACUGCCAUGACCUUAGAUAACAUCAUAGCAGGAACAAGAGAUCUCAAUAUGGAACCUGCAAUAGCCAGUCCCAUCAGCCACAGUGGGCUAAGACACGGCGAAAACCAACACAGGGGCGGACUCGGGACAAGCAUAAAAUCACCACCAUCCACCAGGGUCCGUUCGCCCGAACCAGACGUGUUCACUAUGGGAACUCAAUCACCACCCCCAUCGACAUAUCAGCCGAGUAUUUUAUCAAGUAGAUCCAAGGCCGCAUCAACAGCCUCUACAUAUCUUAACACCGCCAUAUCCCUGGCAGCGCUUCAGACAAAGGCCGGCGACGAUGACGCAGCACUCGAGCCAUUGCAGGAGGAAGAUGUUGAGCCAGGGAGUUUCGACCUCGUGGGGCCGGCCGUGGGGGAGGCUGGUCUCUACUCUUUGGAAAAGCGUUCCGAGCUACUCUUCUCCAAGGAGCACCUGCAGACGAUUUUCGACGACCCGAUCAUCCUGCAACGUUUCACCACCUUCCUGUGUGGUCAGCGCCCUUCAUCUUUGCCGCUUUUGAUUUACUAUCUCGAUGCGCUCAAGGCGGUCAAAGCCGUUGAGUACUCAAACGCCAUCAUCGAAGCCCUUGAACCAAUUCCAGGACAUGACUUCACUGGCCACGAAGUCAUGGCGACGAUGAACGAGUCACUAAGGCAGCGUGCCGACGCAGCCUUUGAGGCACUGGCGAGGGACGACCUGCCGGCGUACAUCACACACGUCUGGAUACAGACCGUGAGCAUCUCCAUCAGGAAACGUAUUACCGGGACUCUGCCUCCGCACCUGCGCGAGAUGUCUGAGGGUCUGGCUGAAGUUUUCUGUCUGACUGAUCCCUCAAGGCAUGACAACCCCAUAGUCUUUGCUUCUGAAGAGUUCCACCGGACGACGCAGUAUGGCAUGAAUUAUGUCCUGGGCAGGAACUGCAGGUUCCUUCAAGGACCAAAAACAAAUCCCUUCUCAGUUAAACGUAUCAAGGAAAAGGUCCUCGCAGGCAAGGAGCAUUACGAGACGUUUCUGAACUACAGGAGAGACGGAUCACCAUUCAUGAAUCUUCUCAUGGUUGCCCCACUGUACGACAGCCGCGGUGCAGUCCGGUACUUUAUCGGCGCCCAAGUCGACGUUUCCGGUCUUGCCAAGGACUGCGUCGGCCUCGAGUCCCUGCGUCGCUUGGUCGACGAGACUGAGGAAAAGGACAAAAACAAGUCGGACGAGGCUGCACCGCAGGUCGAGAAGAAGGAAGAGAUCCGGCAGCUCUGCGAGAUGUUCAACCUCCAAGAGCUCGAGACGGUCCGCAAGCACGGCGGCGCCCUCCACCGGCUACACACGCACCAGGAGCACCUCCAGGCCUCGGACGCCACGCAGACGCAGAACUGGCACAAGCCGCGGGUCCUGAUCCGGGAUGAGGCCAGCAGCAUCGGCGGUGGCGAAAGCCAGGACCCACUCGACGACCUCGACGACCUCGACGACGGUGACCUCGUCCGCAAGGACGGCAAAGCCGCGACAUCCGGCAACGGCGUAUCCGCCGCGAGCGCCGUCCCACACAGCGCCCCACCGCCAAGCCCCAGCGGCAGGCUGACGGGCAUCUUCGAGAACUACCUGCUGGUGCGGCCGUACCCGAACCUCAAGAUCCUGUUUGCGAGUCCGAGCCUGCGCGUCCCCGGCAUCCUACAGAGCCACUUCAUGAGCAAGAUCGGGGGCUCCUCGCGGGUGCGUGAUGAGCUCACGGCGGCGCUGGCCGAGGGCCAUGGCGUCACGGCCAAGGUGCGCUGGGUGGCGUCGGCCAAGACUGGCGAGGGCCGCCACCGCUGGAUCCACUGCACGCCGCUGCUGGGCGGCAACGGCGCCAUCGGGGUGUGGAUGGUCAUCAUCACGGAGGACGAGGAGGGCGUCGCCGGGGUCUCGGGGGCGAGGAGGACGCGCGAUGCGCCUCCGGUCGAUUUGGGCGACGGUCCCGGCAGUUCGCACAAGAGGAACACCAGGAAGACCUUUACGAGUGGGCUCUACGGCGACGACGUUUACGUAGGGCCUGAAUCGAGGUCUGCAAGCGUUGCUAUGCCAUUUCGGCACGCCAACGGAAGUAUGAUCAGCGGGACCAGGUCGAGCUCGCCGUAUACGCUCAAAAUUGGCGAGGAGUGA